AUUGUAUGAAAACGAUCUCUUCAGCUCAUAAUAUGAGUGAACGUAUAGUAGCAUUUAAAACUCAUCAUAUUUAUUCAGUGUGUUGAUACACUUGAAAAGAGUCAGUCGUAUAAAAAUAUUCAAAACUUAUUGCUUUUAAUUUUAUACUUUAUAGAAAUAUAUACUCAAAAAUGUUUUUGUGUAAUGGACUUUUUCCGAUAAUUUUUUGUUUUAUUUUGGUGCACUGUGAUUUCGCAUUGACUCAGAAUUUUGAUAAUGGAAGUUCGGAAGAUCAGAAUGUCAAAGAAGAAACUGUUUUAGAUCUUUCAAAUACUGGGAUACUCCAUUUGAAAAAUCCAUUUUUGAAAAGUUCUGUUUUAACUGAAAUCUUUUUGGCGGAUAAUAAUAUUUGGAAAAUAGACAAUGGAGCUUUUGAUAGUUUACCGAAUUUGAAUUACUUGGACUUGAGUGGAAAUUUGAUUAAAUUUGAAGAAUUGAAUUUUGGUGAGCAGUCGAAAAUUGAAACACUAGUUUUGGACCGAGCAAUCAGAAAUCAAAAUCCUGAUGCUUAUCCUUCUGUUUUCAGCGACGAGUGUUCUAGAGUUAAUAUUUAUAGACAUGCAAGUUCAGGCCGUGAUAAUAUAGUUCAAUUUACAAGUUCGUUAAAACUGGAAAAAUUGAAGAAACUGUACUUGCGCCAAAAUAAUAUUAAUUCAAUCAACUUAAAAAAUGUUGGAUUAUUGAAAGAAAUAAUGCCAAAUAUUACUCAUCUUUAUUUGGAUGAUAAUCAUAUGUCAUCAGUGGAUUUCAUUAAAAUUUUACCAGCGACUAUGACUCAUUUGUAUUUAGACAACAACAAGAUAUCGAAAUUUGAAAGUGCUUCGAUGAAUAGUUUAGAGUUUUUAACGAUCAAUGGAAAUCGAAUCAAAAAUUUGUGUGGCAGUUACGGACAAUGCGAAGGAAUGAAAUUAAACAGUGCAGUUAAUUUGCAAACGCUAUCAGUAUCAAAUGUUGAACUCGAAGAAAUUGAAUCAGAUUCAUUUGAAAAUUUAGGAAAUUUGCGCUAUUUGAAUAUUUCUCAUAAUAAAAUUGUUAAAAUUGCUAAACAUACAUUCGAUAAUUUGACAAGUUUGACGACUCUGGAUCUAGAUUACAAUAGACUGGUGACGAUUCCUGAUGUCUGUGGGCUUAAAAACUUAGAAUUUUUGUCUCUGGUUAAUAAUAAAAUAAAAAUAAUGGACACAUCAAGUUUUUGUGGUUUGUCAAAAUUAAAAAAAUUGAAUCUUAGUAAGAAUAUUCUUGACGAAAUUAGUUCCAAAGCAUUAGAUAGUUUUACUGCGCUAGAAGAUUUGGAUCUUUCGGGAAAUAAACUCGUAGUUUUGCCCGAUGAUUGGAUAUCAUCAAAAUUAAAUUUGCGAAGUUUAUAUUUGAAUAAUAAUUUGUUUACAAGUAUUUCGAGUUUAUCGUUAACUGAAAAUGAAAAUCUUGAGUUCUUAAACAUCGGUGGAAAUCCAUUUAAAUUGAUAAGCAUAAAAACACUUAUGACUUUUCCUGCAAAUACAACAGUAGAUAUUGGAUUCAUAAACAACGUACAACCGGCUAUCUCAACUACGGAAUCAUCUUUACAUCAUAAUUGUGAAACUUGUAAGCGUCACUGUUAUCCUUUCAGCUUACCGAAUUUGGUUUACGUAAAUUUAUCGCGAAACAGUUUAUCAAGUGGUGACUUUCCAUUUGGACUAAUAAAUUGUACCAAUCAGUCUGCUAUUGAAACAUUAGUUUUAGAUAAUGUCUAUUCGAAUUCUUAUGUUACAAUAACACUAACAGAUUCUAUAAAAUUACUAAAAUUGAAGAAAUUAUAUUUACGCCAGAACGAUAUAGAAAACAUAAUUUUUGACAGCGUACGGUUGGGUGACAUUAUGCCAAACAUCGCUCAUUUGUAUCUAAAUGAUAACAUUCUUACAUCAUUAAGUUCUUUAAAAUAUCUCCCCAUGACUUUAACUCAUUUACAUCUUGAUAAUAAUCGGAUAUCAAAAUUGGAAAUAGAAUAUUUCAACAACUUAAGAGUCUUAACGAUUAAUAAGAAUAACAUUAAAAAUUUAUGUACUAUUUACAUAAAUUGCAACGGAAUUUCGUUGGCAAGUGCGGUAAAUUUAGAAUUUUUGUCGAUUUCAAACUCAGAACUACAAGGAAUAGAUUCAAAUUCAUUCAGAGAUUUAACAAAUUUACGCCAUUUGGACUUAUCUUUUAAUAUUUUACGUGAAAUGCCAGUAGUACUUCGUUAUUUGGUGAACUUGAAGACACUUCUACUGAACAACAAUCAAAUUGAAACCAUUCCUGAUAUUAGUGUCAUAGUUAGUUUGGAACAUUUUUCAAUAGCAAAUAACAAAAUAGGAUCCAUGGACUGUUCAACUUUUAGCGGUCUAUCAAAUCUUAAAAAAUUAAAUCUUAGCAAUAAUGCUUUGAGUAAAUUUGUUUCUGGAUCAUUGGAUGAUUUAAUAUUAUUAGAAGAAUUAGAUUUUUUGGCAGACUUAUCGUUGACAGAAGCGAAAAAUCUUACAUACUUAAACAUCGGCGGGAAUCCAUUGACAUUGAUAAAUAUCAAGUCAUUAAAAUUUUUACCAGAAAAUACAACAGUCGACAUUGAGAGCAGAAGUUUAGACUGUUUUAUCUACCAGUAUCGUUGUCAGAAUUAUUAUGGAUUCAAAAUGUUUGUGAGUAAUGUACUGAUCCUAAUAUCUCUAUGUGCUGAUUUGGUGCAAUGUGGUCUGUAUCUACGACCAUAUAACCCGUGUGAACCACAGACAGUUUACAUCUCGAGUUGUGAAAAUACAACUCCGGAAGUUAAGAAGGCAGAUAGAGAAGAAUCUGUCUUAGAUUUAUCAAAGACUGGAAUUGUGCGUUUGAAAAAAUCAUUUUUGAACAGUUCUAUUUUAACACACAUUUAUUUGACAGACAAUAACAUUUGGGAUAUUGAAAAAAGUGCUUUUGAUAGUUUACCAAAUUUAAUUUAUUUGAAUCUGACCGGGAAUUUAAUUAAAUUCGAUCAAUUAAAUUUUGGUAAUCAGGUAAAAAUAGAGACUCUGGUUUUAGACAAAGGAAUAAGAAAUCAAGAUCAUUAUGAUUAUUUUUAUUAUUCUGAUGAUGAGUGCUCUAAAGCUAAUACUUACAGGGAAAAAAGUUCAAACAGUGAUAAUAUAAUUGAACUAACAAAUUCUUUCAAAUUAAAAACAUUGAAGGAACUUUAUUUACGCAAAAAUAAUAUUGACUCGAUUUAUUUAAAUGAAAUCAAGUCAUUGGGAGAUGUAAUGCCCAGCAUUAGUCAUCUUUAUCUUGAUGAUAACAGACUUACAUCAGUGGAUUUUAUAAAAUCGCUUCCGUUUUCUUUGACUCAUUUGUAUUUAAAUAAUAACAAAAUAUCAAAAUUUGAAAGCGGGUCUUUAAAUAAUUUGAGACUUUUAACGAUUGAUGGAAAUAUAAUUAAAAAUAUGUGUGGUAGUUACGGACACUGUGAAGGAAUGACUUUAAAAAGUGCGGUCAAUUUGCGCAUACUAUCAGUAUCAAAUACUGGACUUGAAGAAAUUGAAUCGGAUUCAUUCAUAGAUUUGGUAAAUUUACGUGACUUAAAUUUGUCUCAUAAUAAAAUAAUUAAAAUUAUAAAACAUACUUUUAAUUAUUUGAUAAAUUUGAAGACUCUCUACCUUGAUCACAACAAACUGAUGACUGUUCCUGAUAUUUGUGGCCUCAAGAAUUUAGAAUCUCUCACUUUAACACACAAUAAAAUUAAAACCAUCGGAAAAUCGAAUUUUUGUGGUCUUUCGAAUCUGAAGAAAUUGAAUCUUAGCAAUAAUUUACUGAAUGAAAUUGAGGCUGAGUCAUUUAGUAAUUUAGUUGCGCUUACUGAGUUAGACCUUUCCGGAAAUAGGCUUGAAGUUUUGCCAGAUGAUUGGCUUUCAUCGAAAUUAAGUUUACAAUAUUUAUACUUGAACAAUAAUUCGUUUACAAGUAUUGCAAGUUUGUCGUUAACUGGCAUUAAGAAUCUUGAAUUUUUGUACAUCGGCGGAAAUCCAUUUAAAUUGAUAAAUACGAAAACAUUGAUGAGCUUCUCUGCAAACACGACUGUGGAUAUUGGCGAAAUGAGCAGUGGACAUUCAGAUAUGUUUUCGACAGGAUCUUCUUCAUAUUUUUCAAUGUCAUUGUCACUCUUGCUCGUAUAUUCAUACCUAUUUAUCUUAUUAUGUCACUACUUGUAAUAGAUACUGUCGAUAUUAUCAACACUAAUUUUUUUUCAAAUUUACUGUCAUAUUAAUUUCAAUUUUUUUUUACUGUAAUAAUUUAUGUAAUACUGUAAUAUUAAAAAAUAAAUAUAUAUCACCU